ACCGCCAACCAGUCAGCAGGAUUCGCUGGACAGGCGAAAAGAAAGUUGAAACCGGGAUCGCCUCACACAAGCGAUGCAGUGCGUUCAUGCACUUCUUUGUAGUGGCAUGCAGCUGUCAGUCCUGUUUAUGGUUGGCCUGUUCUUUCUCAGUGAGCCCACGGCUGGUGGACGUAUUGCUGAACAGAAACAAGCCAUAAACUUUCCAGCUCCAAUACAAUCAGAAAAAAAUAAUCCUUUCAUCGAAUGGCUGGCAGGACUAAUUGGCACUACUACGCCACCACCCCAAGAAACUCUCACACCACCGGAAAACUGUCCAAAAUGCAAAUGUGGAAGGACUAAUCGACUAACGCGAAUCGUCGGUGGACAGGAAACUCAAGUCAACCAGUACCCAUGGAUGGCAAUGUUGAUGUAUUCCGGCACAUUCUACUGUGGAGGAUCACUGAUCAGCGAUCGUCACGUUCUGACGGCAGCUCAUUGUGUGCACGGUUUCCAACGGAAGAAGAUCAGCGUUGCCCUGUUGGUGCACGAUCGAGUCUCAACGAGCGAAUCAAUGACGAUGGUCUCGCAGGUAUUGCGCGUGAUCGAACAUAAUGGGUACAACUCAAACAACUAUAACAGUGACAUUGCCAUCCUUCGGUUGGCCACCACUAUGAACUUCGACGAUAAACUUAAGCCCGUAUGUUUGCCAACUGCGUCGAAACCUUUCACCGGAUACGAUGGCAUCGUGACAGGUUGGGGUGCAACAUCGGAAAACGGUGCCAUUUCCACUAAUCUGCAGGAGGUAACGGUUCCGAUCAUGUCCAAUGCUGACUGUCGGAAAACGGGAUACGGACCGACGCGUAUCACGAACAAUAUGCUGUGUGCCGGGUACGAGGAAGGAAUGAAGGAUUCCUGCCAGGGUGAUAGCGGAGGUCCGCUGCAUGUGAUCAAACAAAACACCACGGAGAAUGUGCAUCAGAUCGCGGGCAUUGUGUCCUGGGGUGAGGGCUGUGCCAAGCCCAACUAUCCCGGCGUUUACACGAGAGUAAACCGGUUCGGUACGUGGAUUAAAUCCAAUACGGCCGAUGGCUGCUACUGCAGUGAAGAGUAG